AACGAGCGACCGUGUGGUAGAAGCUCGCUCGCCCGCGACGCCGUCUCUAACAAACUUACAAACUCACUUUCAAACCUGUUCCGCUAACAAAAAAUCAUUAUUACAACAUAAGAUUCACUUCUCAACUCUAUGAAUUCCUCGCAUUGAAGUGCGCUAUAGAGCCUGUGAGUUCGGUAACUUUGAAAAACUUUAUAAACUUUGUUUUUAAGCUGUUCGUGUGCAUGUGUGAGCUUUAAAGUCAUGGCUGGUCAAAAUUCCCACUAAACCGGACGAUUGGAUUUCAUUGAGUGGAAAAAUUGAUGUAGAGAGUACCGAUGUUUAAACGGAGCUACAAGGCCCGUUGCAUUGUAGUCCUGAAAGCUAAAGUCUGGAACCGAGUGCCCAUGAAGUUGUUAAAGUGGAGCAGAAAGAUGUCUUCGACCAAAAAAUACAACUUGGUGCCGAACGACGAAUAUGAUACGAGAAUACCGUUGCAUCCUGACGAGGCGUUCCACUAUGGGAUUAGUUUCCAAGCUAAGUACAUCGGAACUAUGGACGUGCCGCGACCCUCCAGUCGCGUUGAAAUCGUCGCUGCCAUGCGUCGUGUUCGAUAUGAAUUCAAAGCAAAAGGAGUGAAGAAGCGUAAAGUUACUGUCGACGUGUCAACAGAUGGUGUACGGAUAACAACUAGAACGAACAAAGCCAAGAAUAAGAAAAGUGCGGGCGCGAAAUUAUUCAGCCGCAGCUCCAAAGCUAGCGUGGCCAGCGAGGAAUCUGAGAUAAUGAAUCAUCCUAUAUACCGCAUCUUCUACGUGUCCCACGACAGUUCCGAUCUGAAGAUCUUCUCUUACAUCGCCCGCGAUGGGGCCACCAACGUGUUUAAAUGCAACGUGUUUAAGAGCAACAGGAAGAGCCAAGCCAUGAGAAUUGUGCGUACUGUGGGCCAGGCCUUUGAAGUGUGCCACAAAAUGCAGAUCAACACCCCCGAAGACCCAAUACCAUCCACGUCAUCUGCCAUAGACGAUCACGUGGUGGUCGAUGACCCACCAAAUUCCAAAGAAGCGGCAUCUGAUUGUGGCGCCUCGGAGUCCUGUGCUGCAUCUACGUCGAAAGCUGCAGAUGAGGGCGCAGUGGGAGGGGACGUGCCGACUAGGCCCACUCACCUGGAUCUCCUGCCACCCCCACCCAGGAAGGAAGGGAAGCGAUCUCCACAGCGCGUAACACCAGCACCGAGCAUCAACCUGCCGGAACUUCCUGAAUGCGUGACCAAAGUCGAGCUCACUGUCAAUGGAGAGAAUGCUGAGAGCACACCACUCAGCGCCCAGCACCAGCUCCAAUUGCUGCGUGAACGUCUUGACCAACAGGCGCAGCAAACACGGGCCGCCGUCGCUCAACUCCUGUUACUUCGGGACCAGUUGGCCGCUGAACAGUCGGCUCGAUGCGAGGCACAGGCGCGCACCCACCAGUUGCUCGUUCAUAACAAGGAGCUGAUUGAGCAUAUUGCAGCUCUUGUAGCACACUUGCAGGAGAGAGAGCGCGGCUCCACCAAGCCGAUCAGCGCUCAACAGCUGACACUUCUGCCACAGUUGUCUUCAAGCGCUAAGAUCGACCGUUGGUUCUCACUGCUCCCGGCCGCGCCAUCUCUCUCCAGACCAGAAAGCGGGUUUAUUUCUGGUGUUGAAGAUGGAACUGAUGCUAUCGUGGAAGCGAGGAACUUGUUGAUGCAGUUGGGUGCAAAGAAAAAGAGACGGCUGUUACCCCUACUCUUCACAAGAAGAAAGAUAUUAGUCAAUAAGCAUACAUUGCUAUAAUGUAUCCAUAAUUGUACGCUGUUCAAAAACGUUCAAGGAUUGGGAAGUAAAAGAGCAAGUCUGAUAAAGUAGGCAGUAAACUAGAAUAGUCGAUGGAACUCUUGGUAUUUGUUGAAACUACGAUUUCGCAGUGACACUUUUAAACUAUAUAACGUAGUUGUUUAAAUGUGAUUUUUAAAUAACAACGACAUUUAAGUAUGAUGAUCUUUUUUUUGCGUAUAGGAAAAAAUAUGCAUUAUUAAAGAAAUUAAUAUUUUUUUGUCUGCCAAACCGUGUAUAAUCGACUCGUACGCGUUCGGAACAAAAUUCCAAAUAAUU